CUCUCUGCCUGCAUUGCAUGUGUGCCAUCCGUGUCCGCCCACCCACACGUGUGUGUACACAUGAGGAUGCCAAUUAACGCAACUCUUUGUCCCUUCGACCGAGUGAUCAUUCGUGCGCCUCUCUGCUCUAUCAAAUCACUCCGAGCACCCCACUCGGCAUCACGCAUGGUAACUGCACAGUCAGCCAGGCAGCCAGGCACCCUCACACAACGACCGGAGCGUCACACCAAAAUCGGCCGGCAGAUGAUCGGAGCGCAUGAGAUGCGCUCACACCCACACCCACAGGCAGCCGGCCCUGAGGACGGGCAGGCAUCUCUUCACACACACCUAGCGGUAUGCGAUGCGUCUUCAAGAAACGAUCAGCUACAGAGACGAUGACAGCCAGCACGCGCACACACACAGUGCAGGGCGACAUUCAACAACAUGGCGACAGACGACAAGCAUAUCGCUGCUCACCCACCAGUGUUGAUGGAUGGAUGGAUGGAUCAGCCGCCGCUCUCCGCCUCAGCUGCGCCACCCUCACCUGCCGAGGGCACAGCACAGACACAGACACACACACACACGCACGCACAGCCAUAUAUGUGAUGCAGAUCGACGUGGGGGCCUCUGUGGUGUGUGACUGUGCCCUCCCUCUAUCAAUACCGUCGUCACUGUCGUGAUCUUGCUGCUGAUGCUGCUACUGUACUUCUCCGUCGAAUACGAAUGGCGCCACCGCCCUCAACGCCACGCGAGCCAGCUGAUUGGUGACCGGGAAGCGGUGCUUGAAGGCGCCACUCCUACACACAGCCGCCUCAGUGGUCUCGACACACACCCACACUGCACACCAGGGGGAGAAACAGAAGCACUAAGGAUAUUGCCAGCAGCACUCCCUCUCUGCCACCCUACCGUUGUUGUUUGUUAAUCUGCUGAUGCCAAUCCAUGCGACAAAGGAGUGGGUGCUGUUGGUCAGCACCAGCCGUCGCACAAUACCCUCGUAGCUCACUGUCGUGGUGCAUCCGGCCACCGGUGUGUGGGGCGACUCGGUCAGCAGGCCAUCCAGACGGCCACCACCGACAUUCCUGAACCAACCACACACACCGUCAACGGCUCUCCCCUCUUGCCUUGAGUGCCAUCGAUGUGUUGUCACCUGUUGAGUCUUAUCGAUGUGCGGUUGGUCUGGCGGGUAAGGCUGAAGUGGUGGAGGAUCACGCGCUUGGCAAAUGACGACAGAGACGCAUCGGUGACUUGAUCGUCGGUCGACUCCCAUGUGCCGUAGUGGGCCGAGUAGAGGAUGCCCUCACGCACCGGUGGGUCGUGUGGCUGUCGGUGCUGCCGAUACAGGUGGCCGGCAGGGAGGGGCGGGUCGACCUGCAGCCGGAAGCCAGGCUGGUCCUUGAUGGCCCGCACCUCACCAUUGCCCUGGAACAGCUGCAGGCAGCUGCCGUCACCGAGAAGGACGUGGCGGCCGACCAUCUUGAGGUGCGCCAACACACAGGGAGCCGACACAUACGCCUACACACAGGACCACACACACAGACAGAGAGAAUGAGGCCCUCUCCCUCCCCUCCCAGCCCCUCUGUUUGCUGGCUCACCGUUUUGUUUGUGUGUGUGUUGAUGUCAUCGGCUGUGAGGAUGACAGGCAGGUCACAGUUGCCGCACUGCCCCGCCACCUCAAUCACCUCGCUCAUCUCACCCCAGCCCCCCUCCUCCACCACAAACAAACCCGCCAGCAGAUCAUGUUUGCCGAACUGAUCGUCGUCGAACCGCAGCAGCUGCACUUGCUGCCCAUUCACCGCCCGCCGCAGCCCCGCCUGUGAGCCCAGCGAAUGGCGGAGCCGAUCUCUCAGCUGCGCCGCUCCGAAGAGGUCCCUGAGCCACGUGCAGGUGACCCUCAGCCGCAGGAUGUCCUUGAUGCUGCUGAAGAGGUAGAAGGUGCGGCGGCCGACGAAGAUAUACGAGAAGGUGCUGCUGCUGCUGCUGCUGCUCUGGUUGCUGCAUCUGGGUAGCUAUGAUGUGUUCGACGACAGCCUGCACAGAGCGACAGAGCCGACAGAGGAUCGUGUGCAUCAAGCAUGCUGCUCAUUGAUCUGUCUGCGGCUCACCUCGUUCGAUGCUUAGACGGACAGAUCAGCAGGCAGAGAACUGAAUGCCCCACCACCACCAGCAGCAGCAGCGGCAGAUGAAGAGGCCGCCAUCACCCCUCAACGACACGCCUGUAGCGAUAGGCCGACAGAGAGAGAGAGAGAGAUGCCAACAGAAAAGGACGGCGAACGCAUUGAGGCCAAUGGAUCAGUGAGCGCCUCAGUGAGUCCGUCAGUGAGUGGUCGACCUCCCUCACCUCUGUUUGGCUCUCAGCUCAAUGGCCCGCUUCCACGGGGCUAAAGGGUAUGAAUCCCUGCGUCAAACACAAAUUUUGUGAGCCCGCAGA